AUGUCAACGAUAAGACCAGUUGCAAAUGUUUACAGUACGAAUGGUAAGAAGGUGGUUGGAGAAGUAGAAAUACCUGUAGUUUUUCAAACACCAAUAAGAAACGAUUUAAUACAAGGAGUAUACACAAAUAUGUCAAAAAAUAGAAGACAUCCAUAUGCUGUUAAAUUAGAAGCAGGAUAUGAAACAUCAGCUGAAUCAUGGGGUACAGGUAGAGCAGUUGCAAGAAUUCCAAGGGUCCCUGGAGGAGGUACCCAUAGAGCUGGACAAGCUGCUUUUGGAAAUAUGUGUAGAGGUGGUGGUAUGUUUAAUCCUACAAAAAUAUGGAGAAGAUGGGGAAGAAAAAUUAAUUUAAAAGAAAAAAGAUAUGCUGUUUGUUCUUCUAUUGCUGCUAGUGGUGUUACUUCUUUAGUUUUAGCAAGAGGUCAUCGUAUAUCACACAUCAAAGAAGUUCCAUUGGUAAUUGAAAACGAAAUAGAACGUAUAUCAAAAACAAAAGACGCUGUGAAAUUUUUAAUAAGCCUUGGAUUUAAAGAUGAAAUUAAUAGAUUAAUUAAAUCAAAAAAAAUAAGAGCAGGAAAAGGAAAAAUGAGAAAUAGAAAAUAUAAAAUUAGAAAUGGUCCUCUCGUUAUUUAUGAUAAAGAUGAAGGUAUUAAAAAAGCUUUUAGAAACAUUCCAGGUGUUGAUUUAUGCAAAGUUACUAAAUUAAAUUUAUUAAAAUUAGCUCCAGGAGGAUCAAUAGGUAGAUUGUGCAUAUGGAGUGAAAGUGCCUUUAAAAAAUUAGAUGUUAUAUAUGGAAAAACAAAUGUUAAAGGUAUUACUAAAAAAAAUUAUAUUUUACCUAAGUCAAUUGUGCAUAAUCCUGAUAUAUAUAGAAUAAUUCAUAGUGAUCAAGUUCAAUCAAGUUUAUUGGCUAAAAAAAGACCAUGCAAAAAAAGAUUACAGUAUAAGAAUUCAUUAACUAAUUUUGCUGUAAGAUGUAGACUUAACCCAGCUUAUAAAUUACUAAGAUCACUUGCCAUUCAAAGAAUGAGAAAGAGUAUUAAUGAAAAAUCAAAAAAUAAAAAAGAAAAAAGAGUCAAGAAAAAAAUAGAAAAGAAAGAGCUAACAAAAAUUAAUCAUGAUUACUAUAAAGGUAUAUCAAAAUCAGUUAAGAGAAAGAAAAAGAAUGAAGAAAAAAAAGCAAAAACUAAAAAGAAUGAAAAUAAAACCAUAUUAACCAAUGCAGCAGAUGAAUAA